CUCUACUGUACGAAACACCUUCGCUCUGGGGACUAUUUACAUUUUAAAAAAGGGGCAUGUUGCUUGGCAUGCUGGGAAAUGUGACUUAAACUGGAGGAACCGGUUAGCAGCUCUGGCACUACGAUAUAAACUGAGGGCUGGAGAUCAGCUGCAGACACUUCAGCUCCACCCAUAUCAGGAGACCUGAGGGGUUGUAAGCGCUUGACAUAAAGCAGCUUCUGACAUCAGUAUAUAGGAAAGCAUGGAUGCACCUGCUGAAGUAAGAAUUGUAUUGUUGGGAAAAACUGGAUCUGGGAAGAGCAGCGCAGGAAAUGUUAUCCUGGGGGAAGAAAAGUUUGAAGUUUUCUCUAAUCCUAACAGUGUAACAAUAGAUUGUAAAACAGAAGAAGGAAACAUUAAUAAGAUGAAAAUUACAGUAACUGACACACCAGGGAUCUUUGACACUGACAAAAACAGGUCUGAUAAAGAUCUGAGGGAUUCCAUAAUAUCCUGUCUUACUGAAUGUGCUCCUGGUCCACAUGCCUUCAUCUUAGUGCUGAAAGUGGGAAGAUACACCAAAGAUGAGGAAGAGUCAGUAAAAAUGAUACUGGAGUACUUUGGGGAGGAAGCCCUGAAACACACAGUUGUCCUCUUCACACAUGGUGACGAGCUUGACAAAAACCAGACCAUUAAACAGUUUGUAGAGAAGAACAAGGAUCUGAAGGAACUUGUUCGUAAGUGUGGAGGCCGAGUUCAUGUCGUUGAUUCUAAGUACUGGAAAGAUGAGAACCUUGGCCAGGAGUACAGGAGCAACAGCUUUCAGAUUAAACAGUUGCUGACACCUAUAGACAACAUGGUGAGAGACAACAGAGGCAGUCAUUACACAAAUAAAUCACUCCAGGUAAUAGCAAAAAGUAUAAAAAUGGAGGUGAAAAAGAUAAAAGAAGAGAUGGAGGAGAGAGGAGAGAAAGUAGAGGAGUCUGAGAUCAGGAGACGAGCAAGACAGAGAGUGAGGACCAAGACUCUGAGAUUAGUGGCAGGAGUUACUACUGGGGCUUUACUGGGGGGUCUGCUGGGUGUGGCUGUAGGAUUAUCACUGCCAGCUGUAUUGGCAGCUGGGCUCCUGGUGGGAGCGGUAGCCAGAGGUUAUGGAAAAUUUGUAGCUGAGUCAGCAGGUGCAGCAUGUAGAAGUGCUAUGGUAGUUGGGGCAUUAGGGGCAACAGGAGCAGCAGCGGCAGAAGCUGGGGCAGUUGGGGCAUUAGGGGCAACAGGAGCAGCAGCGGCAGAAGCUGGGGCAGUUGGGGCAUUAGGGACAACAGGAGCAGCAGCGGCAGAAGCUGGGGCAGUUGGGGCAUUAGGGACAACAGGAGCAGCAGCGGCAGAAGCUGGGGCAGUUGGG